AAGCUCUUGAGAAGCAAAGAUACAGCCCAGUGUCAAUACAGAAGAGCUCAAGAAGACCAUCAAUGUGAAAGACAGGACAUGAUAAACCACCAUUAAGUAUUUUGGAGGAAAUUCUGUGGAAGAAGUUUAAAGAGCUGUUUUGUUUUUAUUGCACAGACAAUCACAGAGAUCCAUGAGUACGUACUUUUCUUGUUGCCAUGGGCAACUACAACUCUUCACUGAUUUCUGAAGUUGAAGAAUUCAAAUCCAUCAUUUCAACUUUGGAGAGCCAGCGUACUCUUAUUGAGCAACACAGACUGGAGAGCACAGAGUCAAUAAAUCAUGCCACUGCUGAGGAACAAACAGGACAGGAAAUGAAUGAAGUGAAGCAGGAACCAGACCUGCUGGCUCUCAAGUUUCUCUUUAUUAACACAGACACACCUGAUGACAUCACAGAACCAGUCCAGAAUGGCACCCCUGCUCCAAAGCCAGUGGAUGUAUCCUCUUUAUCUCCUGGCAGUGAUAUGGCUUCAUCCCUUCCCGCUCUGCUCUCUGCUGCUCUCUCUGGAUCAUUACCAGCAAAAUCCAGAGACGCCCCGCAGGGCCCUGUAACAGUGGAGCAGAUGAAAGUGCAGCUUCAAAAAAUACAGGAUGAACUGGACCUGCUUAAAGCUCAGCAUAAAAAAGAGAUCAGACUGUUGAUGAAUGAACUGGAUGAGGAGAAGAAGAUGCGUUUGUCACUGCAAAUUGAUGUAGAACGCAUUAAGAAACACCUGUCCAAGUGACCCAACAACUUCACUUCAAAGCAAAGUGUACAAACUUUGCGGAGUUUUUAAGUUUGUGAUUUGGGGGCACCUAUCGACAAACAAGGGUACUGCAAUACUUAGCCAGAGUGCGGGUUCAUGGUUUUUAAAUAUGGUUUAAAUGAAUUAAAAUUAUUUAAGCCUUAAGUUACUCAGUCUACAUAUUUUAUUUGUAUAAUCUUUAUAUUUUAAUAUGAAUUCGUAUAUGCUUUUAUUAAUAGCUCAGACAAAAUCAAACUCCCGCUACGUACUGUGUGAGUCUGAAAGAAGGACAAAUGGAAAUGUGGAACUGGAAUAUAUUAAGAUUUUGUAAAACACGUUAUGUUAAUGCUUUGCAUUGCAUUUUAUGCUUUUUGCUGUUUUUGACCAUGACACACAGACAUUAAUAACCUAAAGCUGAUGAUUUUUUUUUCUCCUAGGGGGUUUUUCACCCCGGGGAGGCAGCCUUUUUGGGCUUUACCUAGCUUCCUCUUCAAUACGUUGCUUUAGUAAUACGUGCAAUUAUAAUAUUGAGUCAUAGCCGCAGCAAAUUUAACUGCUCAUGCUAUCAUGUAUUCUGUUGUGCUAUCUGUCGUUUUCUGUGCUUUUCACUGCUUCUAUU